UCCCAUCCCGGGUCAAGCUGGGGAUUGUAGUCUCCGCUCUGUUCCGCUCCGCUCCGUCCCGUCGCGGGACUUUUCGCUCUAUAUUCUCAGGUCCCUCAGGCAGCCACCCCCGUGAGCACAAGCCCAGGCGCUGCUCCUGCCCCGCGCUCCCUCCCUCUGCCUUUCACUUUCCAGCUACCAAGAUCUUGGAAGCUUUGAAGCUCAGCAAAGAAGGGAAUCUAUUGAGAAUAGUCUGUAAAGUGUCAAGCAAUAUCCAGAUAUUACCAGCAGUCUGCCUGUCCCUUGCCUGAACCCGGAAAUCUUCCACUGGGUAUCCCAGGACCACCUGUCUGCCUACACCCUCUGUAAAAGCUCUGUGCAUCCUGCCACUGAGUACUUCAAGGAAGAAGCAGUAGUCGGAGAGAAUCUUCUGAGGACCUAGAAGAAGCCAGUGCAUGGACUUCAACUGUGAAGAAAUGUCUUUCAGAUUCGGCCAACAUCUCAUCAAGCCCUCUGUGGUAUUUCUCAAAACAGAACUGUCCUUUGCCUUCGUGAACAGGAAACCUGUGGUACCAGGACAUGUCCUCGUGUGUCCUCUUCGUCCAGUGGAGCGCUUCCGAGAUCUGCAUCCCAAUGAAGUGGCUGAUUUGUUUCAGGCAACCCAGAGAGUCGGGACAGUGGUGGAGAAGCAUUUCCAGGGAACUUCCCUUACCUUUGCCAUGCAAGAUGGCCCCGAAGCUGGACAGACUGUGAAGCACGUUCACAUCCACGUUCUUCCCAGGAAGGCUGGAGACUUUCACAGGAAUGACAGCAUCUAUGAUGAGCUCCAAAAGCAUGACAAAGAGAAAGAGGACUCCCCAACCUUGUGGAGAUCAGAAGAAGAAAUGGCGGCAGAAGCUGCAGCACUGCGGGUCUACUUUCAGUGACUCAGGCACGAAAGUAACUCGAACAAAUCCCAAGGCAUAAGGAAACGGGCCUCGUUCUCUAGGACUUCACGGCAUUGGAAAUGAAGCUAAGCAGAUUUUAUUACAUCCUACAAUUCUGCAACCUUUCCAAAGCAUUUUAUUACACUUGUGGAAGCCAAGGGGGGUUAUGUUACAAUCACGAUGAUUGACAGGCUAACUUCAAAACAACAGCAUCGGCAGCCCUUCCACACUUUCUUGUCUAUAUACUUAUAAUAGAAACCCUUUUAAAUUGUCCCUUGGCCUGGUUGGAAAUAAAAUGGUAGUUAAAAUAUU